CUGCAUUUACGCUACAAACUUUAUUCAGCAAAGAGGCAUGUUUAGCCCAGAAGACAAUCUGGCAUCAUGGAUGAGUAAUAUCUUUACAGAAAUGCCAUCAAGCUACACAACUACUCGCUAUUAGCGUUCUGAAUAGCUUUAGCAAGCCUGUUGGCACAAACCAGUUGCAUGCGCUCUAAUCGGCGAUUAUGAAUUAAUUAAAGUGUGUACAGUGCAAAAUAAGUGUGCUUGUAUGAAUAUAAUCGCAUAUUUGGGAAUCGUUUUACACAGUAUUCGUGUAGACUGGGUUGCUAGCCGCGGCUAGUUAGAGCUGCUAGCGCCAUACUCACCUAAAUAGUUCUCUCUCUGUGUUUAUCCCCCUUCACAUCGUCCCAGUUGAACUGGUCCUGACCCCCCCUCCAGAUCUCGAUGAGCCAAACAUGGCUUCUGCUCAUGCAGACACACUGAAAGAUGUUAUACACACACGCGCGCAGCACAACAACCAGGCCUUGGGUUUCCACAACAUCCGGGAACCCGCCUGCUUUUAUAUCAUACAUUAACAUGAAGCGCUUUUCAAUCACUGCAAACACUCGGGCGUCGACCGCGUUCUGAAGAUGUGCGUCGCCUUCAGAUGACGCGCCAGUAAAGGCUCUCACGCGAGAGAGGAAGAUUAUAGGCGAAGAGAGAGAGACAUUCUCCCCGGAUUUGAUCACUUGCUUUCCCCGAUGCAUGUCAGGUUUAUCUCCAGGGUUUUGUCAGCGAUGGCUGGACCGAGGCCUGUGGUGAUGAGCGGACCGUCUGGAGCUGGCAAAAGCACUCUGCUGAAGAAGCUGCUCAAGGAGUUUGAUGGCGUAUUUGGCUUCAGCGUUUCCCAUACGACGCGGAGCCCCCGUCCAGGAGAGGAGGACGGCAAAGAUUAUCAUUACGUUACCAGGGAAGUGAUGCAGGCGGACGUAGCUAAGGGUGAAUUUCUCGAGAAUGCGGAAUUUUCAGGGAACAUGUAUGGAACAAGUAAAGCAGCUGUACAGGCCGUCCAGGCCCAAAAUUUGAUUUGCAUUUUGGACAUUGACAUGCAGGGAGUGAAGAACAUCAAGAGAACCGAUCUCAACCCCAUCUAUGUGUCCAUCCAGCCUCCGUCGAUGCAAACCCUGGAAAAACGCUUAAGGGAUAGAAAAACGGAAUCUGAGGAAAGCCUACAGAAACGUUUACAUGCAGCCAAAGUUGACAUGGAAAUAAGUAAAGAGCCAGGUUUAUUUGAUGUGCUGAUUAUCAAUGAUGACCUCGACUUAGCAUAUGGGAAAUUAAAAGAUGCUCUUCUUGAGGAAAUCCAGAAGGUCAGAGACACCAACAAUUCCUAGACGAGAGCACACCUGCUAACCACAGCGACCUUCAAACCUCAACAUUCCACCCAGGAAAGACUUUCUGAGGUUCAGUCGAUACUCCCAACACCGCUGAACGUCAAACAUUUAUACAUUACUAUACGGUGCAGGCUCAAAUGAUAUAUUCUGAGUUUAUUUCAUGACCACGUACGUUACGUAAUUCCUGGGCUAAAGGUCAGAAACAUGAAGAUUCAACCAAGAAACACUCUGAAAGUCCUUGUUUUUGAAAAGUUUGUUUUGAUUUUUGAACGAUGGAAGAGACGGUGCAUAAUACAGAUUUUAUAUAUCCAUCUAGCACGUUCACUAAUUUAUUGGGGGUUUUUUCUAUGCUGAUAUUUUAUUAUAACUCAUUCUUUGCGGUUGCAAACACAACGCAGCUUUCCAUUCGCAACAUUUUAACAUUCAGAGCUAUUAUCUGCACAUACGAGCAGCGUGUCGCACCUGCUUUCACUCAGAUAUAAUUGCAUCUGAACGUCUGACAAGUCGAGGAAAGCCUGGUUUCUUAACUAAUACCUAAUUCUUAAAUGAUGGAAAUGUUUGCGUCUCAUCAUGUUCCGCGUGCACAUUACAUGCACAUUACUCGGAAUCAGAUUACGCUUUGUAAAUUUCACUUUAAUAUGUUUACCAGCUUUGAAAGUUUUAUAGAGUUCAAAGCCGAUGCAGGCUUUGUUUCAGACUCUGUUUUUUAGCGCAAGGCAGCUUAUAAACACAGCCACAAGUCUCUUAGUAGGUUUAGGAGACUAAACUAGACUUGAUGCUUUUAGUCUUAUACAGCUGAUCUUUAGUAGAUCGUUCCAGUAGUUCUGAUCUAUUCCUGUUAAUAUUAAAUGUGACCAUCAAAUAAUACAUCAUUUUAAACUGAAAUUAUAGAUUACAUGCACAAUUCAUUUUUUCUUCUUACCGAAUUUUACCUAAAUUCUUAUUAUAAUAAAUGUAACAAAACAAUGGAUUGGGUCGUUUGACCCACUGAUAGUAUAAAAAGUGAUUUCACAUGAUAAAAUACUCAAAAAUGUGAAAUCAUGAGCUAAAUGGAGGUUUCAGUCCACCUGGUAUGUAUAAAAGUUUUAAAAUGGGCUCUUGUGUUUUUCUAUUGAGCGCACACACACGUUUAUAUUUGUUUCUCCCAACCUUCAAAGUACUGUAUGUUACUCAUUGUCCAUUGAGUGUGAAAAAGAUGUAAUAUAAUAACUUGUGAUGUACAGACCUACAAAUGAAACAUGAAGUUUAUCAAAAUGGAACAAAGUUUUUCCUAAAAUGGCACAAUU